CGCCUCUUGGCCCCCCGCGGGCAGGGCUUGUCAGCGGCGGCUGCCCCCUCCCCGGCGAUGAAGGCGAGCCCCGCUGCAGCCGCCGCUGCCACGGCCACGGCGACGGGGCCGGGGCCAGGGCCGGCGGGGGGACCGCGGGAGCCUGAUGCGCGCUGGAGGGAGAAGGGCGAAGCGGAGGCAGAGCGGCAGCGCACUCGCGAGCGGCUGGAGGCCACGCUCGCUGGGCUGGGCGAGCUGGAGUACCUGAGGCAGCGGCAGGAGCUGCUGGUGAAGAGUCUCCUGCUGCAGCGGCCGGCGGGCAUCGGGCCUGGGGCGCAGGCUGGCCGCGGGGAGCCGCCGGGCGAGGGGCCGCCGCCGCGCAGCCUGGAGGAGAAGUUCCUAGAGGAGAACAUUCUCCUUCUGCGGAGGCAGCUGAACUGCUUGAGAAGGAGGGAUGCCGGCCUACUAAAUCAGUUGCAAGAGCUAGAUAAGCAAAUAAGUGAUCUCCGCCUGGACGUGGAGAAAACGACAGAUGAACACCUUGAGACAGACAGCCGUCCAAGUUCAGGGUUUUAUGAGCUGAGUGAUGGAGCUUCUGGAUCGCUCUCCAAUUCAUCUAACUCUGUCUUCAGUGAGUGUUUAUCCAGUUGCCAUUCUAGCACUUGCUUUUGCAGCCCUUUGGAGGCAACACUGAAUAUCUCAGAUGGACGCCCUAAAUCUGCAGAUCUCAUAGGCUGGAUGGACUAUAAUAAGGAAGGCCAGCAUGAGGACCAGACCACAGGCUCUGUCUGUCGCUCUUUGUCCACACCGCACUCAAAUUCCCUCGAUGUCGUUGCAGAUGUACACCCAAAGUACCAGUGUGAUCUGGUGUCUAAAAAUGGGAAUGACGUCUACCGGUACCCCAGCCCACUCCACGCGGUCGCUGUGCAGAGUCCCAUGUUUCUUCUCCCCGUGACUGAAAACCCCCAGCGAGAAGAAGAAAGGCUUGGUUGUGAUAUUAGUGAUGUUUGUGCUGGAUCUGAAACGGACUCAGGAAAAUCCACCACCACCUUUCUCCCACAAAGCUCCUGGCAGGCACCAUGCCCUUCCACUAGCAAGAGGAUAGAUGGAUACAUCUUAAGCCUGGUUCAGAAAAAGACUCAUGCGGUAAGGACUAACAAACCGAGGACAAGUCUCAAUGCCGAUCCCACCAAAGGGAUCUUGAGGCAUGGAAGUAUGUGUGUCAGGCAGCCUGCAGGGGUGGUAGCUCAUGGUAACAUUGUGAACCUGAAAAGCUCCAAGCAAGUGUGCCUGCCUUCUGGUGGGACAGCUGCUGUGGACCACACAACACCCUCCCCGUUAAAGCAGAGGCCAAGGGAGCCAGCUGGUGAGCAGCUGGAUAGUAGGAAGGCAUCUUUGCCAGUGGCUUUCCCACCUGGUGCAACCAGCGAACUUCAGAGCAAGCACCUGCCCCGGAGCGUCAAACCGGCACCUCCAGAGCUCAACCGCAAUGCAGUGGCCACAGCAGGAGAUGUUCCCAAGGAGAACGGGCAGAUCUUUGCCACGUCUCCCAAAGACAGCCCAGGGAAGCCUGUGCUGUUGCAGCCAGAAAACAGGGUCAGUCACGCUCCCAAAAAAGUCCUGCUGAAGAGCAGUUCGCAGGCAGCUCGCUCCUCAUCACCUGCUGUUGAAGAGAGGCCCACACUGGAUUUGAAAAGUGAGGGCUCUUCUUCCCAGAGCCUGGAUGAUGGGUUGCUGGUGAAUGCCCAGUACAUACCAGCUCAGCAGCAAAGCGUGAAGCUUCACAAAGGCACCCGAAAUGUCAAGAUUUUGAAAAGCUCCAUGCUGAAGCACAGGCCCCACCUUGCCAAUGGGUUGGAGAACAGUUCGCAGACCUUACGGGAGAAAGCCAAGCCCGUUGGCAAGAAGUGCCGCUUUCCAGAUGAGUUGGAUACAAAUAAGAAACUGAAAAAACCCUCCUCGCGGGGUAAGAGAGGCAGUGGUUUGCAGCCUGAGGCCGGCCUCCAGAGUCGGCAGGCUGGACUGCACAAGUCCACCAUCCGAUCCCACGGGCAUGGCCGGGAGGUUGUGGUGGCCAAGCCUAAACACAAGCGAGCCGAUUACCGCCGGUGGAAGUCAUCGGCAGAGAUUUCCUACGAGGAGGCCCUGCGGCGGGCAAGGAGGAACCGUCGGGAAGGUGUAGGGGUCUACUCACAAGUUCCCCUGCCUUACGUCAGCCCGUAUGCCUACGUGGCCAGCGACUCCGAGUACUCAGCAGAGUGCGAGUCCUUGUUCCACUCCACUGUGGUGGACACAAGUGAGGAUGAACAGAGCAACUACACGACAAACUGCUUUGGAGACAGCGAGUCGAGCCUGAGUGAGGUGGAGUUUGUAGGGGAGAGCACGACCACCAGUGACUCUGAUGAGAGCGGAGGCCUUAUUUGGUCUCAGUUUGUCCAGACACUCCCCAUCCAAACAGUUACGGCACCAGAGCUGCAUGAAAAUGCAGCGAAGGCCUUUGUCAAAAUCAAAGCCUCCCAUAACCUCAAGAAGAAAAUCCUCCGCUUUCGGUCAGGUUCCUUGAAGCUCAUGACAACUGUCUAGUUGAGGUGACUUGGCGGAAUGUAUCUGCUUCUGCUUUUGGAAGCAAGGUGCUUUUGUGUACAUAUUUCCACAGAUUUUUUUUUUUUUAUAUAUAUAUAUAUAUAUACAAAUAUUUAAAACUUAAGGUAAAUUAUGUCACUUGUCUUCAGAACUUGGGUGGAUACUAGUGCCUUUUAUGUGGAAAUAAAAGAACGUUGUACUCGUUUGACAAAGAACCAUAACACUGCCAUUUCAGUGGUGAACAGCCUCCAGUGCAUGGUGUCAGAAUGCUUUGAAAAAAAGGCUAAUAUUCCUGGGAAUGGAUCUUCCUUGCCUAGUUUUUACAGUUCUGGGUCUUACACAGGAUAUUGACAGCUUAAGGUCAUAAGUUUUUAGGGAAUAAAGGGGAGGGAGUGUGGGUGGUCUUUAUGCUUUUGCUUGUCCUCGUCCGCUACUCCUGUUAGCGCAUCUUGAACAACUUCUUCCUGGUAGUCUGGUCUGUUUUGUUGUUUUGUUUUUUUUUUUACCUUUUCUUGUUGAUUCUCUUCUUGAAACUCACCCCUGUCCUCCUCCAGCCUUCCCCCACCAGGAAAGGGCUCCCGUUCAAUCUGACUCCAGGGUUAAGUCACCUUCUCUGGAGUGCACUCUGAUCUCCUGAGAGUUCUGCUGUGGAUGGUGCUGGUGUUCACAGCAAACUGUUGGAGCAGCUGAUCAAGGCUUAGUAACUUCAGUAUAUUGUGUAAAACUGCUUCUGAAAAAGGAAAAAAGAAACAACAACCCACCCAUAUGCAUGUCAGGUGCAUGAGUAUCAGUAGUUUUAAUAUUCAUGUUGAUGUCCAAUUUACUGUACAUCAUCAAUGGCUGUUUUUAUAUAUAUAUAUAUCAUUGUGUAAAUUAAUAUAACACAUCAUAUGUUGUAAUAAACAGUCUGUUUUAAUACUUCUUUUAAAGUUCAUUAUGUUGGUGCAGACCCAGUCAAUGGUUUUAUAUUGGCAUUGUCACCACUUAGAUGCAUUUAGCCAUGCAGGAAAGAGAGCAAGUUUAAAAUGUGAUUUUAAGGAAGGAACUGGAUUGUCAUGGCUCCUCUUCUUCUUCCCAUAACUUGCAUUUUUAAGGGAAAGGUGGGAUUUGGGAGCUCGGAGGCAUCUUCAGGUUGUUGAUUGUGGGUGGCUCAUGUUGCAGAGCAGAUGGAAAUGUAAUGUUAAUCCUCCUUGCUGUGAGGGUGCUUGCAGACUUCGGUUGGUACAACACAGUUGGAGGUGGCAGGUUCCUGUAACCAAAUAGAUCUGUGCAGUGCAACAGAUGUCCCUCUGAAACGUCCGGUAAAUGAAUUCCCCAACAGGCGUGUGUUCUGGGCGCUGGGCUGGG